AUGAUGCUCACAUUAUUUCCUACAAUGAACGUAAAAAAUAAAUUAUUUCUAAUUUGUAUAUAUUUCUUUAUAUUGCGAAAUGCAUAUGCUGAAAAUUUAAAUGAUGUAGAGAAUAAAUUCUCUGGAAAAAUAAAAAAUAGGAAUAAAAGAAAUAAUGCGGGAACAAAUAAAUCCUUUUAUGUAAAUAAAAAAUUAAAUAAUAAUUCCAAUUCAAAGGCGAACUCAUCUAAUACAUUAAAAUUAAAUGAAGCAAUUAUAAACAAAUUUAAUAAAAUAAAAAAUGGAGAACAUGAUGCUACAGAAAGAAAACAAAUAAUUCGUAACAGAGGUUUAUCAAGACAAAAAAAGGGUCAGAGAAAUACCAGCUUUAUUAUAAAAAGUAACGAUGAUGACAAAAUAAAUUCUAAAAAGGAAACAAAUUUUAAUCAAAAUAAUUUUCGUAAUAAGCCUCAAACUAAUAAUAAUGUAAAAAACACGUUGGGACGUGCUGAUACAGAUAUUAAUGUGAUUAAUAUAGAACAUAAUGAUGAUAAAAAGAUAUACGAUAAUAAUAAUAAUGGUAGAAAUAAUAGGGAAAAUGUCAGUGAUGAAAAUUCGGAGUAUUCAAGUGAAGACACAUCAGAUGGUUUGCUAAAUAUGGAUGAUUUGUACAAAUAUGCCGAUGAAGAUUUAAUAAAUGAUGACAUUACAGAGGACGAACCUAUUGAUGAUUUGUAUAAAUAUGCCGAUGAAGAUUUAAUAAAUGAUGACAUUACAGAGGACGAACCUAUUGAUGAUUUGUUUGAAGACAGUAUGCCAUUAUAUAAUAAUUCUGAUAAAAUAUACGAUGAAAAUGUGGAUUCUUCUCUAACUAAAGACGCUAAAAAAAUAGAUAUAGAUGUUCUUAAUUCACGUAAAAAUGACGCCUACUUAAAAGAAAGUGCAAAAAAUAGUAUUACUAAAAAUAUCGAUGAUAAAACAAUUAGUUCUAAAAAUAAAAAUAUUAAUAAAAAAACAACUUCGAAUGCUAGUCAUGAUAAUCAGACAAUUUCUAAGCCAAAUAAAACGAUAAAAAACAAUAUCCCAGAAACAAUAAUGAAUCCUCUUAGCGGAUUAAACAAUAGUAAUACGAAUUCUAUUGAAAAUAAAAAGAGUGAUGCGUCUAAAUAUCGUGGUAAUCAACCCCUUAAUAAGGAAACAAAAGAAAAAAAUAAUACUAACCAUAAAAAUAAAAUUGACGGACUACAUAAUAAGGGAAAUGAUAAAAUAGUUAAACAAAAUAAUGUCAAUAAUAUUGCAAAUAAAGAAAAUUUUAGUAAAGUAAACACAACAAAAAACGACAAAAAUAGCACAUCUAAUAUAUAUGACCCAAAUAAAAUUGUAAAAGAUGAAACAAAAUCAAUAGGAGAAAUCAUAAACAUAAACAUUGCAUUAAAUCCGACGACUCAAAAUAAAAAUAGAAAAUUGGGAAAAAAGGAGAAAAAAAAACAUACUGAUACUCGAAGAAUAAGUAGAAAAGGAAAGGGCUCACGAACACAUAAUAAUAGUGCUAAACGUGUUACCAAAAAAAAUAAUUUGAGUGUAAACUCAUUUGAUGACAAAGUUAAAACAGAUAAAUAUCAACAUAAAAAUUUAGAAAACAAAAAGCAUAUACAAAAAAAUGUAAUGCACAAUAAAAAGGGAAAAAAUAUGUCUAACCUUUUACCAGAUGAAACUGCAAAUGAUGUUAAUAAAAAUAAGCAUGAUAUAUCUAUCUCUAUUGAGGUUCCAAAAGAAAUGGGCAAAGUAAAAAUCCCAAGUAACAUUGUGAAAGAAAUUAAAAAAGGAAAUAAUAUGAAUAACGAAAGUUUUAUAUAUAUAAAUUCACAAAAUGACAAUGAUAAUAAUGGAGAAAAUAUUGAAACAGAGAGUAAUGAUACAAAUUAUGAUGAAGAAACAAAUCAAAAAGAUGAAACAAAAUAUGGUACAGAUGAGUCAUCCACUCCGAACACUACGGAAGUGGCCAAUCUAAAUACAGAAAAUAACCUAGUAAUUGAAAAAGAAAAAGAAGAUAACAAUUUGGAUCGCUAUGGUCAUGAGGAUAAUGCAGAAAAAGCAGAAAAUGGUGAACAUCCUUUAAUUACAAAAAAAAAAAAUAUAAUAAAAAAUUCUCGUAAAAUAUAUAAUUUAAAAUUAUAUAAUUGUUCCUAUAUAGAUGAUUGGGAUUUAAAUAAUGAAUAUAUUGAUGAAGAAGGAAAGUUAGUUAAAUUAAGUGGGUAUGUUUUUCAAAAUGUUGUAAAUUCAGAUUCUAUGCCUACUGCAAAUAUAACAGAUUGGAAAUUAAAAGGAUCUUGUGAUCAUGAUAAAUAUAUAUGUGGUGCCUUAAAAUAUAUGAAUAAUAUAUAUAAUAAAGGAGAAAGAGUUAUAUUUGAUGGGAAGAUAUAUGAAGCGACUAGCGAUGCAUAUAGUAAUCCUAAGGAAUUGGCAAAUGUAUGGAUUGAUAAAACAAGUGAUUGUUAUAAUUUUUGA